AUGAUAAGUGAAUCGAGAGGAAGAGCACAAUUUUUCAUUGGCAUAUUGCAGUGGCCAGUUCUAGUGUGGGCAAUUUUGAAUUUAGCUACAGGAAUACUGGGCAUGAUUGUGUAUGGUGCAUUUACAGCCAGUUAUGGACCCGUCUAUAUUGUGAAUCAAUUUGUUGGCUUGUGGUUGUGUGUCUUAUUGACCUUUUUUAGUGCACAAACAGUGUAUAUUGAAUUGAAGCCAGGCGAUUCGAGUGAGCGAAGAAUUCUCAGAGUGAUUACUUUGGUGGUGAACAUUCUGUAUUUUGGUGUCAUCCUGGUUGGUUCAUUCAUUCUAUUUGUGUUAUAUUCGAGAGCUGGAACUCGUCCUGAUGCUAUUGUCUGGACAAUUUUGAUUAUGAUUAUUUGUUUGCUGAAUGUUAUUGCUUUGAUUUGCAGAUGGUAUUCAAGUGUUGGAGCUGGAAAGGAAUUCAUUCCAGACGAAUCAAAAUGUUUUCAACUCAUUAAGGAAAAGUCUGCUGGUGCAUCUGGUGUUAGCAUGUGUUUGUACAUUACUGCCAUUGUGGUGAAUGUAUUGUUGAGAUUCAUCUUUUUGAUUUUCCUUGGAUUGUUGAUUAGUGGCAGUUCUGCUGCUUCUAAUAUUAAGAAUUAUCCAAUGAAGGGAAAACUAAUUUCAGUUCCAUUGAACGAUGGUUCAGGAAGAAGUCAAAACAUUCACUAUUUGUGCGAGGGUCCAACUGAGGGAAAUUCAUUCACAUUCCUCUUUGAAGGAGAUUUCACACAUGGUUAUGCUGAUUAUUAUGAUAUUCAAAGAUAUUUGACAGCUCUUGGUCGUCGUUCUUGCAUUUAUGAUAAACCAGGCUUAGGAUAUUCUGACUAUUUGUACAAGGACCAAAAGGAUGAAUCUACAUUUUACUACAACUUUUUAACGAGUAUUGGAGAAAAGACUCCAUAUGUCAUGGUUGGCUGGGGAGGUGGUGGACAUAUCAUUUACAAAUUUGCUUUGGAACAUCCUGAACUAGUCAAGUCGCUCACUUUCCUAGAUGUUUUCCCACCUGGAAUUGAAUUUACCUCAAUGAAGGAUUUGAAAAAUUGGAGUCAAGAGCAAUUUAAUACGUACAAGAACCAAGAAUUGAGAGGAAGAAGAACCUUAUUUGGAAUUAUCAAUGGAUUGGCAGUUCCGUGGGGACUCAUGUCUAUCUUUGUUGGAUCAUCAUCCAAUACCAGCAAUGCAGAUGAAAUUACUUUCUGGAUGAGCACUGAAAAGACAUGGAUUACUCAAUCAUCAGUUCUCGAUACAGCAUAUGCUGACACUGGAUCCUAUCUGAAACAAAAUCUCACAUCCACCAUAAGUGUCAAUUUGGUUGUUACCAAGCAUGAUGAUAAUUGGGUCAUUAAGAAUAAUUAG